AUGGCAACAACAACAACAACAACAACAACAACAACAACAACGGGGACGAAAAAAAGCGCCACCAUCUCCGUCCUUCAUUCGCUCCGUCUCGCUCUGUUUCAAAUCUUCUAUCGCAUCUUUCUCGAAUACUUGGUCGAGAAGAAUUUGGUUCCCGACUUCAUUCUUCGGGCCGGCAUUCGGUACAACUUGCGAACGAAAUGUUUAGGACGCUUUAAAUCGAACGAAGAUGAGUUGCAGUAUGAAAUGGAUUUCAUCCGAGGAUUAAAAACCAAAGCCGUGGCGGUAGAGACGAAUUUAGCGAACGAGCAACACUACGAAGUCCCGACGGAGUUGUAUUUGCACUGUCUCGGCUCAAAGCUCAAAUAUAGUUGCUGUUUGUACGAGUUGUCGUCGACGUCGAGGAGGACUUUAAACGAAGCCGAGGUGAAGAUGAUGGAGCUUUAUUGCGAACGGGGCGAGUUUAAAGACGGUCAGGAGGUUUUAGAGUUAGGUUGCGGAUGGGGUUCUUUAUCGCUCUUCUUGGCGGAAAAAUAUCCAAACUCGCGAAUAACCGCCGUGUCAAAUAGUAAGACGCAGAAAGAGUUCAUCGACUUGCGCGCUCGAGAGAGAAACUUAACAAACUUGCAAAUCAUUACGCAAGAUUUGAACGUUUUCAAGCCACCUUUAGGGAAAAAUUCGUACGAUAGAAUCGUAUCCAUAGAAUGUUUUGAGCACAUGAAGAAUUACGAGGUGUUGUUUGGUCGAUGCGAACAGUGGCUGAAAUCCGGCGGAGAAGCGAAGAUGUUUUUACACAUUUUCGCGCACAAAACGUAUCCGUUCCACUUUAUCGCCGAGAACGAGUCGGAUUGGAUGAGUAAAUAUUUCUUUUCCGGCGGAACGAUGCCGAGCGAACGCAUGUUUGCGUAUUUCACGACGAAUAAGUUGCAUUUGAAAACGCAGUGGCGAGUAAACGGUAAGCACUACAGUAAGACGUGCGAGGACUGGUUGAGAAAAUUUGAUACGAACAGAAAAGCAGUCGAACCAAUUAUCGCUCAAACGUACGGUAAAGAUCUAACGACGAAAUGGUACGUGUAUUGGAGACUGUUUUUCCUGUCGUGUUCGGAGUUGUUCAACUAUUCAGACGGGAACGAAUGGUUCGUCAGCCACUAUUUAUUUGAAAAGUGUUAA